UAUUUAGUUUGUCUCUUAUCCACACUCUACGUCUAUUGCCUACCAAACACAAAAACACGCGCUCUGGCGUCGUCUUUCCUCAUCUUUGUAUUUGAAGUCCGACAAAAAAGGCUUUGUGUUAAUUAGUAGGCAUACAUCAGCACCGCUUUCUACCCUCCACAUCACAGCACAAGUAUAGUAAAAAAAUUCCCUCUAUUGCUCACUUGGCCCUUAUACUUUGGGAAUCCAACCCGCGCGCCAUAUUUCAUAUACAUUUUUUUCUCAAAAGUCGGCCACCCCUUUCCAGCUCCCCCUUUCAGCCCCAUUUGGGUUCAUAAUUCAUUCUUUUUACCAAGCAAAAUGGAUCCCAACCAAGGAUACGGAUACAACUCGUAUUCAGGAUACCGCGGGCACGCGCAUGCCGAGCAGGGAUAUGAUUCAGCCCAGGCCAGCUCCUUCAACGCGGGGGAUCUCAGCACACAAGACGGCGGCUGGGGGUGCACCGGGCAGGACUCAGACAGGGACUUGGAGCGGCGUCUGCAUCUCUCGGACGCCAACAGCGCAAUGCUGGGCUUGGGUACCAGCAUGGUAGCAAUGGGCGCGAUGGUGCUCAAGGGGGCAUUCUCCGAGAAACCAAAGUACCGCCCACCUCAGCACAUUCAGCAUCCGGACUACUCGCAGACCUACCAUGGUCGGUACGAGGACUAUCAGCAUGGGCACAACCCAAACGCGCAUCUGAUCUCGUCUCCCAACACGUCGUAUGAGACGUGCGGGUCGACGGCAGCUACAUACAGCGGCAGUGUGCAAAUGCCCAGACCGCAGCCGGUGAAGCCGCAGAAACAGCGGCCCAGCAAGCCUAGCCCAAAGCUGAUGAGCGCCAGUGCGCCGGUCAUGGAGUCAAAGUACGGUCUGUACAAUUCCAGCAGUGUGCAGAGGCCGCCCAAGCCGCGCCCGAAUCUCUACCAGUCGGUGCCAGCCAUGGGAGCGCACCAGGCAGGAUCUGCGGAUGCUGUCUACCAGGGGUUCAGCGCCAGCGGGCCGAACCAGCCGGUGACGGGGUCAGUUCUGGCCCCCAGCGCCCACCAGGGCAUUGCUGCUGCGGCCACCGCAACAUCAGCACCAGGACCCCACAGCCCUUACUACCAGAGCCCGCCGCAUAACCAGCACCAUGCCGCGCCACACGGGCAGAGCUGGUCAACCGAAGCGCACGCCACAGGCCUGCCCCAAGCAACCUUGUCUAUGCAGCCGCAUGUUCCAACCCCGCAGCCCAGCGACACCAUCAGCAUUUCGCCCAGCGCUCUGGCGCACGAUGCUGCCGAAGCCGGCUUCUUCUCUACCGCCAGCAUGUACCGGCCGGGGCAGCGGCCACGGCGCCAGAGCGCAUCCCCGCGCAUGCAGUCUGACCACAAUGCCGGCAACGAACGGCUUGGAAAUACCAGCCAUGCCAUGGUCGCACCGUCACUGCUCAGCACGGUGUAUAUGGAGACGACUAUUGCCACACAAAAAAAUGAGGCCAAGAGAUGGCAGCAGAUGGAGCAGCUUGCGCAGAGCUCUCCAGCAAUCACGCAGCAGCCGCUGCAUGCUCAGCAGCAGAACUCAUACCAGCAGAACUCAUACCAGCAGAACUCAUACCAGCAGACGGGCCCAAUGAGGCGGGCCAAGAAACAGGUACAGUUUGCCUCUGGCGUCUGACAUACGAGCACCAUUUCACAUUUCCCCACCACACAACUACAUAGCAUCCUUGGUACAGAGCACAUAAACAUUGAACAAAGCACAGUUGGAAAUAUCAAUAUCUUUAUUUGUUGCAAGCAAGAUAAAG